CACACACACACACACACACACACACAUACACGCCCUUCCUUUUCUUUCCUGAGCUCACGAGGGUGCCGCCCAGUUACCAGGGCAACAGUCAACACAGACAGAGGCUGAAAACGAAGCUGGGCUCAAGGGCUGUCCCACCACUCUGAGCUUGGGGUCUUGAGGGGCGGCGACCCCUGCCAGGCUCCCCUGGGGUUCAGAGGGAGGGGGGAUCCCAGGAGGGUUCCGAGCUCAAACAGGAGUCUCUCUGUCUCUUUGUCUCUCUCUGUCUGUCUUUUUGUCUCUUUCUCUCUCCCUCUCCCUCCCUCUGUCUCUCUCAGUCUGUCUGUCUCUCUCUCUCUCUCUCUCUCUCUCUCUCUCUCUCACACACACACACACACACACACACACGGAUCCAUGGGGAGUCACCCCCACCCUGGGUUCCAGAGAACCACAUCCGCUGGGUACCGGCUCCCCUCCACCAGGCCGUCCGCCUUACACAACCCCACUGCCCAGAGCAGCCCCGCGGUGGGCAGGGGUCUCGCUGGCGGUCGCCGAGCCCCCCAGGCCCCCGGAACUGAUGGUGUGCAGCAGGAUCAACUGUGGAGGGAGCUCCUGGAAGCCGAGAGACGGGGCCAGCGGCGCUGGGCUCAGAACUGGAGUUUCUUGAAAGACUAUGAUCCCCUGGGCGAGAAGAAGGCGCCUGUGACGUUGCCGGAGAACGUGCCUUUCUUUUCCGACGCAGUCCCCAGUUCCACGAACCAGGUGGUGGGCAGCAGGGUGGACACGCCCCUGGGGCAAACCCUCAUCGGCAUGGACUUCUUCUUCGUGGAGGGGGUCCGGAAGAAGAAGCUGGAAGCCGAGCUGCAGCCCGUGUAGGAGGAGGAAGGCCAGGGCCGGCGGGCCUGCCCCAGGUUUCACACCCAGCGCAGAACCCAGUGCGGGGCUUGACAUCAUGACUGUGACAUCAGGACCUGAGCUGAGAUCAAGGGUCGGAUGCUUCGCCCACUGAGCCACCCAGGGGCUCCUCUGUCCUCGCUUUAUGACUGCUUCUCUGAGCACCCCUGCCUCAUUCUCCUCUCUGAGGCAGAACCAGAUUCUGGUUAUUAAUAAUUAAGAUUAUUAUUAAUAAUAAUAAAGAAGCCAUGUGUUCAUAUCAAUAAAUGUUUUCAAUCUUAAGCAGAGGAAGAAAAGCUCUUCUCUACUGGAAAACGUAGAAUAAAUGAUAAAAACAGAAAAUCAGGGGCGCCUGGGUGGCUCAGUCGGUUGAGCGUCCGACUUCAGCUCAGGUCACGAUCUCGCGGUC